GCUGCUUUGCAUGUCAAGUUAGAUAUUUUUCGUAGUGGCAAAUAGAGCAAUGGUUGUACAAACUCUCCAAAAGGCAACAGGACAAGACACACAAAGGCUUGUAAAGGCACAGUUUAGCUGAAAAGCAGAUCGCAUGGCUCUUAUGAUGAAAACUACAUGGAAAGCUGUGCUUUUUGUGGUGAUUUCUGUCAGACUGGGCGUCUCUCAAGAAGAGAGCACAGAGUUGACUGAGCCGGGCGCCAAAGAACCAUGUUCCCGCUGGAUGAGAGGUGUUAAUGGCACCCCUGGGUUUAACGGGAUGCAUGGGCGAGACGGACGUGAUGGUCGUGAUGGGGAGAAGGGAGAUAUUGGAGAUCCAGGCUCCGAUGGGCAAAACGGAGACCCUGGUGAGCCAGGUGAUGAGGGACCUGGAGGGAAAAGAGGUUUUCCAGGAAACCCAGGUCAAAAAGGAGAGAUUGGAGAGAGUUCAUUCCCCUACCAUUCAGCAUUUAGUAUGGGACUCACCCACAAAAUUACCUCGGCCAGUGGAGCUCCCAUUCGCUUCACCAAGACCUACUUCAAUGAGCAACACCACUAUAAUGAGAUCUCUGGAAAAUUUCGCUCCACCAUCCCUGGGAUCUACUAUUUUACUUAUCACCUUACCGUCCACGGGAAGGAGGCCAAGGUAGCCUUGUUCCAAAAUGGCAGGACUGUGGCUUUUACGCUGGACCAGUAUCACAGUGGAAAUCUGGAUCAGGCCUCAGGAGCGGCGAUUUUAAACCUAGCAGCUGGAGAUGAGAUUUGGCUACAGCUGUAUGGUGAAGAUACGCUUGAUGCAGGGAUUUACGCUGAUAAUAAUUACAGCUCUACCUUCAGUGGCUUCCUAUUGACUCCUAAAAUCCUAAGCAGCCCAUAUGACAACCGUAGGCGCUAAAACUGUCCAUGAGAUGAAGGAGAAUGAGCUAGUUGUUUAUCACUAGUUAAAAGCUUGAGUUUAUAGAUGUUGUUUUUUUUUUGUUGCAGUGGGGUUUUUUCUGCUUGUUAAAGGAUAGUUUACUAAAAAAUGAAAAUUGUGUAAUCAUUAAAUCAUCCUCAAGUUGUUCCAAACCUAGAUUUUUUUUAUUCUGCUGAACACAAAAGAAAAUAUUUUGAGAAAUGUUUGUAACCAAACCGUUUGGGCACCAUUGACUUCCAUAGUAUUUUUCUUUACUCCUAUGAAAGUCAAUGGUGCUCCUGUUUCGUGCUUGAUUACAAAUAUCUUCCUUUGGGUUCAGCAAAACAAAGAAAUCUAUGCAGGUUUGGAACAACUUAAGGGUGAGUAAUAGCAGAAUUUGAAAUUUUAGGGGAUCAUUUUAAGUUUAGGUGAUCUACUCAAUCACUUUCGGGUCCAAACACUUACUAAGAUACAUUCAUAAUGUGCCUGUAAAACUACCAAAAAAAUCACAAUCUUUAUCUCUAUAUGAAAAUGUCAGAUCCCAGACACUGAUUUAUUGUUGUAUUUAUUCUUACUUCAAUAUCAUAUUAGUUGUACAUAAUAAAACUACACGGGCAUGCAUAAUGUAAAGGUUAGAGUCACAUUUUAUCACAGGUAGAUUUUCCCUAAAAGGUUUGAUCUAGAGCUGUGUUUACCGGAAUGUACAAGGUUUUUUAUAAAUGGCAGGUUGGGGCAUGUUGUCACAUGUAUAUAAAUGUCGCAACCCUGUAUCACAACAUUAUGUACCUAUGGUCACGUAAAUUUGUGAGUCUUUUUUCGUGACACUGAGACGUUUUUCCGCCUUUUGCAUGAACGUCACAUAUUUCUGUUUACAUGUCACUGUCACGUAUUUGUUACUCAACUGUUUUGUCCUAUUUUCAAACCAUUGACGCUUAGGUUUAGGUUAGAUUUGGUGUUUGCAUUAGGAGGUAACUUUAGUGAUAAGUUUAUACAUAGUUUAUAUCCUGAUUUUUUUUAAAUAUUUUACCAUACCAGCGAAGCGACAAUGGUAAGAAAAUAGGACAAAACAGUUCACGCAAAAAGGCGGAGAAACGUGACGUAAUUUCGUGAUACUGGGUUGAAUAUCCAGAGAAACAUUUACUGCGGUUAAAAGUGUUGUCUCCCCAUAAUUGUUUAAAACAGCAUACAAACACUAUUAUCAGUGUGUUUACCAUCAUCUCUUUAAUGUUUAGACAGCAGUGAUCUUCAUAAAAGACUAAUAAGUCAGAAAUAAUAAGUGUUUGGUUCAUUCGAGAGUCUACUGAACUGUAUAAAAGUCGCCACCAUGCACGCAUUGCCAUCGUUAGAUUUGUUGUUUUAGCAAUGGUAUAGUGACCCUAAUUAAUUCUCAAUCUGUUUAAUACAACCAGAAAAUACAAGAAAUUUGUAUGGAGUAUUAAAUAAACACAAUAAAUUAUAAUAUCUAAUUCUGAUCUAAUGAUUUCAGGACUUUAGUCUCCUCAAAAGUGCCAAACACUAAAUUGUUGCUUUUGCCAGAAGAUGCUAUUUUGUUCUGAAUUGGAGUUUCAUUUUACAUUUUGUGUUCAUAUUUACUGCUUGUAUUUUAUUAAAAAGAGCGAAAAAGCAUGGAUGUCAUUAAAACUUUAUUGAAACAACAAAGCUGGUGAUGGCCUUAUAUAAGACUUUUGCACAAUACUGUACUGUAUGUCCAACACAACACAUCUAGCCAACUGGCGUCCCCCCAGUACAGCAGUUGGUGUGCAGUUUGGCUCAAUUUGUCCACUGAGAUAUUUUUAAUCAAUGUUGAAGGUCAGACCAUGGCCACAUUUACACAGCAGAGAAGUACAGUUGUGACUGUUUAUUACGUUGUUUAUUGUAUAUAGGAAAGUCCAAACUUCUAAAAGCUUUUUCACAAAGAAAUUAUGCUUGGUGUCACUACGUAGUUAAAAUUGCAUUGGGUUUAUUGAGAGUUACUAAAAUUGACCCACUGAGACAGCUGCAGUAUGACACUCGAUGUGGAUUAUCAUUAAUUAUGUAUGAAUUUAUCACAAUCUGUUGAGU